UCGAUUGCGGCUAGGAUUGAGGUACGAAGUCACGGAGUUCAGGCUCCAGGGGAAUGAAUGCUUUUUAAGCUCAGUAGCUACGGGAUCUUUUCUUGCUUCAAGGCCAGCUAUUCUCUUCUUGUCACAACCUUUUGCUGAAUAUGGCAGGUCGUGGUUCAAAGCGUGAUAGAACACACUUGAGCUCUUCAUCUUCUCCACAAUUAUCUGACCAACUCAACAAAUUCCCUAUUCAAACAUCUUCUCUACCUAUUGGUGAAGCAUCUACUAGAUCUCCAGUUAUAAAUGAAGAAUGUAGCAGACCCUUGUCAUCCCACGGAUUAUCUUCAGUUAUGACUCAGUCAUAUAAUAGACUUUCAUUAUCAUCUCGAGCAUCAUCUCCUCAUAUCCCAUCUCCUGGAACUGAAAAUUCGUAUCCCCCCACUUCUCCAGCCCCUCCUACCUUUUCACCAUCAGGUUAUGAUUCUUCAGAUGGUCGAACAUGGAUAUAUCCUGAGAAGAAAACGUUUAAUCCUGCUGUUGCUACUGUACGAAAUAUUCUUCCUGUUAUUCAAGAGAAAUUUGACCAUCCAUGUUUCAGCUGGAAAGCGACACCACCUGAAUAUAAGAAAAUGUGGUUUGAUGAAUGGGCGUGUGCAGAAAUUUUAAGAAAUACAAUGCACACUGUUAGGCAAGACUUGUAUCAAAAACAAGUUGGGGCUAAGUGGAUUCCACGUCAAGUGAUGACCGAGCUAGAGAGAAUAUGGGCAUCAGAAGAUUACAAGGCUAAGUGUGAGAUUGCCAAGGCUAUUGAGCCUCAACUAUAGGAGGCACUCAACACAAAGGUGGAAGUAUUCCUAAUACUAAGCAUAAGAGGAGACUGGUAAGAACUUAUCUUCAAAUUAAAUUGUUAUUUGUUUAAUGCAUAUAUAAUACAUCUUGGUAAAUAAUUGCAGGCUUUGGAGUUAGGA